AUGGAGGCAGAGGGGCACGGCAUCUCAGCCACAGUGACUUCAUCAGAGAUCUUGGCGCCAGUGCAGGCAGACAUGAAUCAGUUGACAGUGAACCUGAAGUCAGUAGUGGGAGAGCGUAGCGAUCUUUUAAAAGCUGCAGCAGAUCAGAUAUUUGGGGGCGGAGGGAAGAAGCUAAGGCCAGCAAUCGUGUUCAUGGUCUCCCGCGCUACUGCACAGCUAGGUGGAUUGAGGGACAUCACGGAGAAGCACAGGCGGCUAGCAGAGAUCACAGAGAUGAUCCACACAGCCAGCCUCAUGCACGAUGACGUGGUGGAUGAGAGCCCAGUGCGGAGAGGAAAGAUGACGGUGAACAGCAGGUUUGGUACCAAGGUGGCUGUGUUGGCGGGGGACUUCCUCUUUGCACAGAGCUCGUGGUUCCUUGCUAACUUGGACAACCUGGAGGUGAUUAAGCUGAUCAGCCAGGUGAUUGCAGAUUUUGCCAGCGGCGAGAUCAGCCAGCAGGAGUACCAAUUUGACACAGAACUCACGCUUCAGCAGUACCUUGACAAGUCUUUCUACAAGACGGCCACACUCAUAGCCGCCUCGUGCAAGUCCGCAGCUGCCUUCAGCAACGUGUCUGUUGAGGUGAAGAAUGCAAUGUUUGAGUAUGGGCGGCAUCUGGGGCUGGCCUUCCAGGUGGUGGAUGACAUCCUGGACUUUACCACCCACGCCGACCUGCUGGGCAAGCCGCAGGGUCAGGACCUGGCGAGCGGCAACCUGACAGCGCCGGCGGUGUAUGCGCUGGCGCACCCGACGCACGGCCCCGAGCUGGAGGCGUUGGUGCAGCGCGAGUUUGACGGCGGUGCCUCCCUCCCGCGCGCGCUCGAACUGGUGUACCUCGGCGGCGGCAUCCAGGCAGCGCGCCGUCUCGCGCGCCAGGAGGCCGACCUGGCGCUGGAGUCUCUGCAGUGCCUGCCCUCCUCGCCAGCAAAGACCUCCCUGGAAAAGAUGGUGGACUAUGUCCUGGACCGUCUCUACUGA